UUGUCGUUCAUGUAAGUUUAUUCAAGUUUUGAAAGCUAAAGUGAUCAAAUCUAAAAAGGAACCAAUUUUGUUUAAAAAAAUACCGUUCAAAGGCGGAUAAUAAUUGACAAAUUUUGUAAACAAUGGACAUAAUAUAUAGCUUUGGAGACAGUUUUUAUCGGAGCUCGCCUAGGGAUUAUGAGAAAUUUCCAAUAGAGACUCAAAAUAAGAGUGCUCAAGCAAAACCAAAAUAUCAACCACAGCAAGAAAAAGAAUGUCAUAAAAAGUCACAUUGCAUGUUUUGCAAGGAACAGAAAAAGGAAGCCAAGAAAAGGCCUUUAAAGUCAGCAAUUAAGAGGUGCGCAAAUCGAACGGACUCGAUAAGCGAGGAACCUGAAGAGAAUUGACUCAAUGUACAUAAUAAUGAUAAUAUGAUAAAAACACUUAAUUCAAGAAUGCAUUACUUUAAUUAUAAGUUCAAUAAGAUAACAUUCUAUUAUCGUUCAUUAAUAUUAUUAAAUUUUAUAAAUAAAAAUUUUAUACUCUGGCAUUUCAAAAUUAUCAA